GCUCCGCCCUCGUACCCUGCCCCUGCCCAGCCCUCCUACUCUGCCCCCGCUGCCCCCAAGUACGCCCCCAAGGUGAUCGAGAUCCUGAGCCAGGAGUUUGACCUGCGUGACGACCAGUCCUACGAUUCCAGCUACCAGACCGAGAACGGCAUCUACGCCUCCGAGUCUGGCCAGGCCGUGGCCGGCUACGGAGAUGAGCAGAGCUACGCCGUCCAGGGCCAGUACAGCUACACCGGCCACGACGGUGUCAGCUACACCGUGACGUACGUGGCCGACGCCAACGGCUUCCAGCCACAGGGUGACCACCUGCCGACCCCCGUGCCCACCGAGUACCCGACCCCGGAGGUGCCGGCGACCCAGGCUAGCUACCAGGCGGCCCCUGCCCCCAGCUACCAGGCUGCCCCUGCCCCCAGCUACCAGGCUGCUCCUGCCCCCAGCUAUCAGCCCGCACCCAAGUACCAGGCCAGAUACCAGUGAUACCAGAUACCAGAUACCAGUGAUACCAGAUACCGGUCAAGUCCUUGCUGUCCAUCGUUGGGAUAAGAGCAGUAUACACCGACUACGCUUACAUGUUUGUCUAUUUAUUGUGAUGUAUGAAAUGAGUGUUAUGUUUGAUUGCGUUGCGUGACCGUUUCGUUUCAAUACAUGUGCAUUUCCCAAGAAGUA